GGGCAGACCAAGGUGUAUGUGAGACCACUGUAAAGGGACCUAGCUGAAUCUCCCGCUGCAGAGGAAUAGACGUAUUGUGUGUUCAGAAAUGUAAGAAUGCUAAUGGGGGGUCUCGAUAGCUCAUGGUGGAUCAGGCUACCCUUACUUCACUCCUUCAACGUUCUCGUUAUUUCUGGUGUGGAUACCUGCUCUUUAGUUCGGGAUGAGAUAUACACCAGAUCCCGAAGUUGAGGAGGCUUUACAGAAG